ACCAUUUCUGUGCAGAGCGAAAGUUUGCUAUGUGAAACUCCGGGAUAGUUUGCUGUAUUUAAUCGGCCAACGAAAAGUCGCCACCGGUGGGAAAGAUGACAUCGUGACGUUUGGGCAGCAGCCUCUCUUAAUGCCCCGGAGUCUCCAUGGAUGACCUGACCAAAGCCCUCUCGGCCAGCUUCGCUGUGUCCAAGGAGCCCAACAGUACUGCCGCCCCCCACCCUCGCCUGGCCCAGUACAAGAGCAAGUACAGCGUGCUCGAGCAGAGCGAGCGACGCCGGCGCUUCCUUGACCUGCAGAAAAGUAAAAGGUUAAACUACGUCAACCAUGCACGGCGUCUGGCUGAUGGGGACUGGACGGGGGCAGACAGCGACGGAGAGGAGGACAUGGAGAAACAAGACGAGGGGGAACGGGAGCAAGAUGGUAACACAGAGGAAGAGGGGAUGGAGGUGGAGAGGAGGAGGCUGCCAAAACAUUAUGCAAACCAGCUCAUGCUGUCAGAAUGGAUGGUGGAUGUGCCAUCAGAACUGGACACAGAUUGGCUGAUGGUGGUCUGUCCUGUGGGGAAAAGAUCCCUUAUUGUUGCCUCCAAGGGCUCCACCGCAGCGUACACUAAAAGCGGCUACUGUGUGAACCGUUUCCCCUCGCUGCUGCCCGGUGGGAACCGUCACAACUCAGCCAUGGGAAAAGACUACACCAUCCUGGACUGCAUUUACAGUGAGGUGGACAGAACGUACUACAUCCUGGAUGUCAUGUGCUGGAGAGGCCACCCGGUCUACGACUGCCCGACCGAGUUCCGUUUCUACUGGCUCCAGUCCAAAGUCCAGGAGGCGGACGGCCUAUCAGAAAUCGCCAAACGCAACCCUUUCCGGUUUGUGAGCCUCCAAAGCACUGACUGCACAGCAGAGUUGAUUCAGAAGGCCCUGGCAGCUGACUACAGCUUCAGCGUGGAUGGUCUCCUCUUCUACCACAGGCAGACCCACUACACCCCCGGCAGCACCCCUCUGGUGGGCUGGCUUCGCCCCUACAUGGUCACCGACAUCCUGGGCAUAGAGGUUCCCGUCGGACCCCUCACCACCAAGCCUGAGUACGCUAGCCACCAGCUGCAGCAGAUCCUGGAACACAAAAAAACAUCGAGUGAAGUCCGUCCGGCCAACAGAAGCGGAGGCUACGAGUUAGAGUAUCUGUCCACCCCGAACCUGGACAGUGGGGACACUCUGAACUUUUUGAAUCAAAAGCCAAUAAGGGAAGCACACAUGGAGCUCUGAGAGGGAGGCUUAACGAGAUGCAAAUUGCUAACUCAGUGUUUUUGAGUGGCGGUGGCCCACAUAUGGUUCUUUAGAAUGCCUGCUGAAUGGUUUUGAGGAUCUGACCAAUUGCAAAGCAUGGCUAAUUCUAAUCCGGCACUGCUCAUGACACCCUCAGAGUGCAGAUUAGUAGAGCUAUGUUAUAUAUGUGUUUUUAUAUGGCUAAAAACUCAAGUCUGCCAUUGACAUCUUUACUUCUACCUGCUGCAGGACUCUGAAACACAGUGUUUAGCCACUAUAACUACUAGUCACAGUCUCUUAUUCAGAUCCCUUUCUUAACACCAUACGUAGUUGCAUACUAUCAAAAAAAAGCAUGAGGUUACUUAUGUGGGAUCAGUUCUUGCACUUGAAAGGUAUCCAACAUAAGAAACAUCUUGGCUGUUUUCAGUUGUUUGCAGGGUUUGUACAACUACCACUGAUGCUCACUCAUCAAAAAACACUGAAUGUCUGAGCAGAUCAUUAGCCUGAGCUGCAGUAAUGGAGAGUUUGUAGGAUGCUGACUGGUCAGACCCUGUGAGUUGUCAUCAGACUGAGCAGCAGCAGCAGCAGUGACACGGACUUUUACAAGUUAAUGGUAAAUUUAAAAUUGUUUUAAAGUGUUUCUAAAUAAAAUGUUUUUUUUAUUGCCCUACA